UCGUGCCCAGACUCUGCCCGUCAACCUCCAAGUGCGUCACAGCAUAAGCUUCACCCAUAAUAUAAGAAGUUGGUUUGUAAAACAUCAGACGGCGCGUGGAUCCUGAGUACACGUCAUCAUCCAUCGGUCGAGAACGGUAUAGCGAUUCUAUCAGGUGCGCCCAGAUGAUUUGAAAAGGAUGGGUUUGUCAAAGUAGGUAAAAUAUACUCUUAAGUACAAAAUAAUUACGCCCUUUUCUCUGGCUGCCCUGCUCUGCUCUGGAAUAAACUGCACAGGUGAGUUUAUUCAUUCUGCUACAGCACCUAUAGUGUCAAACGUUAUUUUAAAACGUAUAAUUUUAGGAUCAUGGUUUGCGUUUUUAAGAGUCUUUCAUAUCUAUUAUUCCCAAAGUUUUAGUUGAUAGCUUGUAAUUACCACGAGGUUAGCUGUUCUAUUCAUUAGACUGUAAAACAUGUCCAGAUUGGUGUUUACGUGCUUUUUAAUUUUUGUUUUUAUCCUCAUGCACUGAGUUAACAGAUUGUUUUUACACCAGUAAAAAUAUGCUGUCAUGAGGCUGGCAAAGAGCACAUGACGUUUACACACAACGACUGAAUAAUUUCUGCAUGCGUUUACUAAAACAACUCGUGAUUAUCAAGCACUGGAACUUUUUAAGACUUGUAUGUGAUUCACAAUAUAUAUUUCACAGUAUAUGUUGAAUCUAUUUUUGAUUCAAUGAUAAUUUAUUAUUAUAAUAUUUUCAUUAUUAAUGUAAAUGCAUUACAUCAAAUCUAAUAUUCAUUCAUUUUUAGUUUUAGGUAAAUUAUUCACAUAUUUUGCACUGAUUUUUGCUUGUAAUGCAAUGAUCAAAAAAUGACUAAAACAAAUCUACAGCGACAGGUACAAAGUAAGAACCUGCCAUAAGAAUGCCACCCGCACCGUCUUUGUGUUUGACUAUCAAAUAUUUAACUUUCCAAGAGGUGGAGUCAUAUAUAUACCCGUCCUCUAAAGGUUUUUAUGUAUUUCUGCUAUUUUACUGAGGCCAUGGAGAGAAUCCCUUUGAGUAUGGGCAGCCUGCGGGCGCUGCCGUGGUACGUUGGGGCUUCACAGGUGCUCGGGAUGGCAUGUGUGGUGAUCACAGGUGUGUGGAUGGGACAUUAUCAUGGAGGUUACGCUUGGGACGGCUCAGCACAAGAGUUUAAUGUCCAUCCUCUCUGCAUGGUCCUCGGCUUGGUCUUCCUCUAUGGAGAUGCUGUUCUGGUUUAUCGUGUCUUCAGAAAUGAGAGUAAACGCUCUGUGAAGAUUCUUCACGCUCUUCUGCACAUGAUGGCCCUCAUCAUCAGUAUUGUGGGUCUAGUGGCUGUAUUUGACUUCCAUGCGAAGGCGAAGAUUUCUAACAUGUACUCGCUACACAGCUGGUGUGGCAUGCUGACCUUCGUUCUGUUUAUACUACAAUGGUUCCUGGGUUUGGGCUUGUUCCUGUUCCCCUGGGCAUCUGCUCAGUUGAGGAGCUGGUAUCUCCCCCUGCAUGUCUUUUUUGGUCUCUUGCUGCUGGCCAUGUCUAUAGGAACCUGUCUGUUGGGCAUCACAGAGAAACUGCUCUUCAAUAUCAUGUCGACCUACUCGGAGUUUGCGGCAGAGGGGGUUUUAGCAAACACCUUAGGCUUGUUGCUGGUGUGCUUUGGGGUAGUGGUGGGUUACGUGGCGACGAGAGAGGAUUUCAGACGACCACCAAAUCCAGAGGAAGAAGCUCUGUCUGUGCACUUUAAGACACUGUCAGAAGGAGAAAUCCCCAGCUCGCCUUAAUUUUAUAACAUAACCACUGC